AUGUUGUUGUUUGGAUAUGAUCAGGGAGUGAUGAGUGGACUCAUUACAUCAACGAAUUUCAAGCAAGAAAUCUUCCACGACAUGUCUCCAUCGGCGUCUCUAUCAGGCCUCGUCGUUGGUAUAUACGAGAUAGGGGCAUUUCUAGGGGCAAUUUCAGUGAUGGUCUAUGGUCAGAUGCUUGGGCGAAAGUGGACCACAGCAAUUGGACAAAUUAUUACGAUUGUUGGCUCUGCUCUCCAAGCUAGCUCGUACAGUGUUGCCCAGAUCAUUGUCGGUCGAAUUGUUACUGGUUUCGGCCUGGGUAUAAUUACGGCAACAGUCCCGGUUUGGAGUGCUGAAAUUGCCCAUUCAUCAUGGCGUGGAAAAGCUGGGAGCAGUCUUACCAUCUGUGCCGUGCUUGGCCUGGUUCUUUCGUACUGGACCGAUUAUGGAGUCAGCUCCUACAACUCCAGUUUCUCCUUCCGCUUUCCUCUCGCAUUUCAGAUACCACUAUGCUUGCUACAACUUAUUACCAUUCCAUUUCUUCCCGAGUCUCCGCGAUGGCUUGUUGCCCAGGGCCAUGAAUCAAGAGCAGAGACUACUAUUCUUGCAAUCUGUGGUGUAGAAUCUUUUGAUUCCAGCUCAGAAGCAACGGAUAUGCUAGCGAACAUAAAAGUUGCAAUCGAAAUGGAAGACAGUGGCAGAUCUGCUUGGAGAGAUAUGUUUACCGGCGGCUCUAUGCAAUAUAGACGAAGAAUACUACUCGCUUUUGGUGUGCAAGCAAUGCAACAACUAAGUGGAAUAAAUGUAAUUGCGUACUACUCGACUGUUGUUUUUAAGCAAUCUGUCAAAAUGAGCGAUCAUCUUGCCUUGCUUAUGGGCGGCUUUGUGUCCCUAGCAUUUCUUCUGGGAACGUGUAUUUCAAUUCCAAUCAUUGAUCGAGUUGGUCGUCGGCCUCUUCUACUGUUUGGAAUGGCAGGGACUUGCGUCGGAAUGGCAAUUACUGCCAUCGGGACGUCCAUGGAAACGUUCUCCGCUGGUGCAGCGGCCACAUUUGGCAUAUUCUUUUUCAACUUCACCUUUGGGGUGGGUCUGCAAUCACCACCGUGGCUCUAUGGCGUUGAAAUAACACCAUUAAAACUUCGUCAAUUUGCUGGGGCGAUCUCGGCUGCGUCCGGCUGGAUUUGGAAUUAUGCUGUUGUACAGGUCACCCAGCCUGGGAUCGAUAAUAUUGGUUACAAGUAUUUCAUACUCUGGGCAGUUUUGAACUUCACUUGGUUUUGGGUCAUUUUCGUGUUCUAUCCCGAGACAGCAAACAAAACAUUGGAAGAGCUUGACUAUAUAUUCAUGCUGCCAGAAGACCGCGCUAUGACAACUAUAGCUGCAACUUUAGUGCGAGACGAGAAGCUUGCUGAUCUCUCAGGGCACUGCAGUCAUGUCGAGACUGUCUAA